AUGGCUUCAAUGUCUACCCAAGGCUACGAUGAAAGACAUUUUCAGUGUAGUUACUGCCAGAAAACAUUUCGCAGACUAGAACAUCUGCAACGCCACACACGGCGACACACAAAUGAGAAGCCCUUCGCCUGUCGCUGUGGGGCACUGUUCUCUCGCCGUGAUCUUCUACGCCGUCAUGAGCGCAUGGUUGGUCACUCAAAUUCUGACGAUGUGCAUCCGCAUACUUCAAAUGAUAGUGGGCUCUCGAAGCAAUCUGCAGAUAACCCACUUCUCGCAGUCCCCCAUAACAUCAUUUUGGCAGACACGUCUAUUCCAGAAGGACAAAACAAUUUCCCUCGAAUGCCCAAUUCCCCAGGUCUUUGCACCGGCGUAGCUGAGGAGCUGUUCUCUAGCACCGACGUGGGUAUCUCAUUCAGCGGCUCUCUAACAACUGCCUCACAAGCUACUCAAAUCGUUCCUCACUGUGCCAAUCCGACGGUGACAUACUCUGAUAGACUCAGACUCCUCCGUUCGUUACACAGGGUGCGUAAAUUGUUUCCUGGCCAUGACUUACCCUCCAUCAGCGCCUUGACCCGAUAUAUGGCUGGAUACUUUACUGGUUUCUACCCCCAUGCACCCUUCACUCACGGUCCAACGUUCAAGCUAGAGUCAUGUUCGCCUGAACUUUGUUUGGCUAUGAUGGCGCUCGGUGCUAUCGACAGGUUUGAGUACACUUCGGCUACGGAGCUCUUCUGUCUUUCCAAGGCCCUCUUAUUUGACAGCCAACAAUGCAGAGCUCGAUUACAGAUGCGCAGGGUAAUUGAUAUCUCCGACCAGGACCACACAUCCCGAAAACAACCAAUGGACGAAGUUCGCUGCUUACUUUGUCUUGCGCAAUUUGCAUCCUGGCAAAGUGACCCGAGUGUCCGAGAAGAAGCUUAUAUCUUACAAAGCCUACUGGCACAGGGUUUGAGAUCGAGCGGGCUCGCAGAGACAACCGAAUCAUUACCCCUCCAUUGGGAACAGUGGGCGCAACGAGAGUCCGAAAGACGCACCAAAUUAUUUGCUUUUUGCUUUCUUGGGGUUCAGAAUAUCGCAUAUGAUGUACCACCGAGCAUCUGGUGCGACGAGAUUAACUUAAGACUACCAUGCUCGUGUCCAGAAUGGACGGCGCCAGAUGAAACGACAUGGAACUUGGUGAGAGCAAAUGUGCCAAGUCAACAGGGACGUUUGAACGACACUUUGGAAACUCUACUAUCCUCUCAUCCGGUUGAUCACCAAUCUGCCCCUCCUUCGCCAGUCGGAAACUACGUCGUGAUGCACGGUCUCUUACACAAGAUCUUGUGGAGUCGGAGAUCCAUGUCCGGUAACUUAUCAAGGACUUUCUCGACUGACUUCCAGUCAGUCCUCGGAUCAGCGCUGCAAAAGUGGACUCUUUCCUGGCAGCAAACUCCAGAGUCCAACUUGGAACCAUUAGAUCCUAAUGGGCCAUUGCCAUUUACUUCAAGUGCACUACUUAGUCUUGCAUAUAUCCGCAAGUGUUUCGACGUAUUUCCAACAAGAAGGAUUUACACCUGGGCACCUGUCGAGAUCGCCCAAGUUCUCCAGGAGUCACUUCCAGUGGACCGCACGCAGGACACCCUCUUAGCAGCAUACCACGCCACUAAUUUGCUCAGCACACUAGUGAAUCUUGGUGUACAAUACUUCAAAAACAAUCAAGCCAUUCUCUGGAGCAUUGAGGGAACACUAUGUGGUCUUGAUUGCUCUAUAUUUCUGGAGAAAUGGCUUCGCAAAACGCAAAAUACGAUUCAAAAUAAGCCUUUAACGGUGACUUGA